CACAUCAAAUAAAUCGAUUGUUCCGUUGCUUCUUCUCCGGCUGCAAACCCUAAUUUCAAAAGAGGAUUUAUUCUUACAGCUCGAUAAUAUGUUCUUCAGAGGGAACUACAAAGAAGGCAAACGCUAAACAGACUAAAUCAGCAUCAAGUUAGAUAUCAUUUUAUAGAGAGCAAAUAUGUGGAUGCUGGUGACGGGCGUGAAAUGGGCCUAAAAAGGCAACGGGUAAUGGAUCAGGGUUCAUCAUAUUACAGUACACCACCAGCUUCAAACUUCCUUUACAACCCACCCGCUUACUCAUACGUGAACCAGCCACCUGCUUUUCCCGUUGUUAGACUGCGGGGCCUACCGUUCGACUGUUCAGAAACCGACAUCAUCGAGUUUUUUCACGGCCUUGACAUCGUAGACAUCCUAUUUGUCCACAAACACGGGAAGUUUGCCGGUGAAGCGUUUUGUGUACUCGGGUACGCUUUUCAAGUCGAAUACGCUCUUCAAAAAAACCGAGAAAAUAUAGGGAAACGGUACGUUGAAGUGUUUAGAAGCAACAGACAGGAGUAUUACAAGGGGAUUUGUAACGUUGUUUCUGAUUCACGUAUUGCCCGUCCGCGGUCCCCACGUCGUGCGCUUCCGAAACGUGACCCCUCAAAGGAUAAUGUACCACAUACGGGUGUGAUUCGGUUACGGGGUUUGCCAUUUACGGCUAAUCGCGAUGACAUUGUGGAUUUUUUCAAGGGUUUUAUUUUGUUAGAUGAUUCGGUUUAUUUUAUGGUUAAUUCGGAGGGAAAAGUGACUGGGGAGGCGUAUGUGAAAUUUGAAAGUCCGGAAGAUUCUAAGGCCGCCAUGAUGGAGGAUGGAACGUGUAUUGGGAAUCGUUACAUCGAGCUGUUUCCGUCAUCACUUGAGGAGUGGGAGGAAGCUGUUACAAAGGGCAGGCGAAAUGUUCCAAAGCCACCGGAAGAAGACACAAAUGUGUUGCGCAUGAGGGGAUUACCGUAUCAAGCUGGAAAAGAAGAGAUCCUCGAUUUCUUUAAAGAAUUCACAGUGUCUGAAGACGCAAUUCAUAUAACAUACAAUUCUGAAGGACGAUCAACGGGAGAAGCUUUUGUGGAAUUUGCAAGUUUGGAAGACUCGAAAGCUGCAUUAGCCAAAGAUCGGAUGACGCUUGGCAGUCGUUACAUUGAACUGUUCAUGUCGUCACCUGAGGAGAUGAGAGACCCGGUUUUAAGGGGUUGAUGAUGUAUCCUUUUUUUAGAAUAUGUUUUAUUCGACUUUUGUUUUGUUGUUAUAAUUAAUGUAUGGACUUUGAACUUAUGUUAUGGGUAUUGUGAUGAUAAAGAUGGUCGUUAUUCGAGUAACAAAAUAUACAAACUGUGCUGAAA